AAUGACCCAGAACGUGGCCGAAACGCUCAAUAUGCAGGUGGAUACUGGGUGAAAUCCAGUCAAUUUUCUGAUCAGGGACCGAGGAGGAAUAAAGUCCGCCCCUCGACAGGUGUCUCACACUCCAAAGCAAUUCUCCUGCUUCCUUGCCCUCCUUCUCCCGACUCGCGGCCUCUCCGUGGUGCAACAACUCGGGUCAUUGAGUGCGGGCAGGAGUACGACAAACGCCCUUCAGUGAGACGCAUCUGCGGUUACGAUCGUCGCCAUGGCACCAAAAAAGGGCAAGGAGACUCUCCUUGAGCUCUGCGGGAUAGCGAUGAAUCAGGGAAACAGUAUCGCGGUGCGCAUGCUCGAGUAUCUUGGUACUGUCAAGCACCAACCUCACGGCUUCACCCACCUUGCCAGUGACUUUCUCGAUGUGUCCCGCAUCCUGUGGUCCAUCGAGGCGGGCUUACAAGAAGCAGCCCGCGCCCGCACUCAGUUCCCAGUUGAUAUGACGAAGGAGCUCGACAAGAGGUUUCGCCAGACCAACGACGACUUCAUCGUCCUCAACCAGAUGCUGAGCAAAUACCUCGAGUAUGAAAGAAAAGGCAGGCUCGGCAGAUUUCAAAGAGGUUGGCACAAUAUGUUCGCGGAUGACGACAUCCACAAGCUUCGCGACUCUCUGGGGAAAAGCCAAGACUCAUUAAGAAUGAGCGCAUUGGUUUUCAGAUGGUCGCUCGGGGAAGCAAAGGUCGAUUCGUCCAUUGGCAUAGGUUAUACCGGCCUUGCAGCUGUUCUUGAGCGCAUGAACCCAAGCAGCGCCGCGUCUUUCAAGUCGCCAGUGCUGACACAUGUUCAACCACUGCAAACACCAGCCUCGGACGUGCCAGACCGCUUGCCACCCCUCCCACCCAUCACGAUGGUCUCUGAAAAGACAGCGAAUUACUCCCUUUUCCCACGAGUCGAGGAUUCACUAGACUCGAUGACAACCGCUGUCGAACAUCGUAACAGCGAGCAACAAAGCCUCAAGGCACUCCCGAGCAUCAGGUCCAGCAAAUUCACUGCCACCUCGGCAGCUAGAGAGCUAGGACUCUCACAUAUGGACACUGCACAUACCGAUAUUGUCCUCGAGGACCAUUUGUCGACAGCCGAGUCCUUCACUCAAAUUGAAGAUAUGAUCUCGGAGAUCGAGUUCAACGAGAAACAAUCGACCAAGGUGGUCCGCAUCAAAGCCGAUCCCUCCACUGUGCCGCGAUGGACGCCGAAGCAAAACACUGGCGCCAACUCCGCAGCCCUCAAGACAGCUUUGAUCAGUGCUAUCCAGCAAAGGAAGCACAAGAUGGUCGAGCAGUUACUGGAUUGCGGUGUGCCUCCAGAGAGUGGGCUGGAUGUGAAUGUCCUGCGGGAGGCCGUGCUGAACAAGGAUGCCGAGAGUGUUCGUCUCCUGCUUCUCUUCGGCGCCGACCCCAACAGCCUGGAUAGGAACGGCUCUACGGCCCUCUUGGCAGCAACAGAAGUAACCUUCCUCGAAGCUGCAAAACUGUUGAUGAAGUAUGGUGGCGACCCGAACUUAGCGGCUGGCCCCGACAACAUGGCGCCACUGACGACCGCGGUCACCGAGAACAAGGUCGACCUGGUUCAACUUUUCCUGACUUAUGGCGGGAACGCGGACUUGACCACGACAGAUGGCAACACCCUGCUCGAUGUGGCUAUCAGCAAGACCGUGCCAAAGAGAUUGGUGGAACUUCUACUCGUUUACGGCUCGGAUCCCAACGGCAAGAGCAGAGUCGGAGAGACACCUUUGUUCUGUGCCAUUUCCGUCGGAAGGAUCGACUUGAUGACAUACCUGCUCGAUCAUGGCGCUGAUCCCAAUCUUCCUGGUCCAAAACACCCAUUGUGGCCCUGCACGUAUCAACCCAAAGCUCUACAACUCCUUCUUUCUCGUGGUGGGAACUACAAGAAAUGCCCGGGAAUUCUAGAGUUAGCCACCAGUAUCAACAACAUAGAAUCCAUCACCAUACUCCUCAAGGCGGGUGUCGACCCCAACGCAAAGAAAGACGGCACUUACACGCCUCUGUGCUCGGCCAUCCGCGAUAACCGCGCCGAGCUAGUCUCGCUGCUUCUUGCAAACGGUGCAGACCCCAACACCAUGGCUUCCGAGUAUCCCGCCUUCAAGUGCGUGACACACCAUCGCACAUACUUGCUUCCACAGCUCGUCGCCGCCGGCUCCGACCUGCACCAUCCAAAGGGUAUCAUCGAGAAGGCCGUCGCACACAACAACAAGGACGCGUUGAUGUACCUGCUCGAGCAGCAAGUCAGUCCGAACGACCGCUGUCCUGAAGGAUACACCGCGCUUACCACGGCCAUUCGCGAAGACCGCAUUGACUUUGUGGACAUCCUGCUCGCCAAUGGCGCAGAUCCAGGCAUUCGUGGCCAAGACUGGCCCAUAUGCAUGGCCGUCAAGAGGCCCGCAAUCCUGAAAAAAUUGUUGCCCAAGGUGCACAACCCCCGCGCCGUCAAGGGUGUCUUGGAAAUGGCUGUCGUGGCCAAUGAGCUCGAGAGUAUUAAGUUGCUGUUGGCCGCCGGCGUCAGUGUCGAGGACAAGAACGGCGGUGUCUUCUCACCUUUGACGAGUGCCAUUCGUGAGGGCAGAAAGGAGAUUGUCAAAUACCUGCUGGAUGAGGCGGGUGCCGCCGUGAAUGCUCCUGGUGAACAUCUGCCCAUCAUCAAAGCCAUUCGCCGGUAUCGUGACCCAGACAUUCUCGAGAUGCUGCUCGCUCGCGGUGCCGAUAUCAACUUGAUGUACCGCGGCUGGAAUGCCGUGCUGCAGGCUGUGGAGAACGGCGACAUCACCAUCCUCCGUCUCUUGACUGAGAAGGGAGGCGGCGUCGAUCUCGAGGCCAAGGACGAGUCUGGCAGGACUGUUAUGGAAAUCGUCAACGAUCGCGGUUGGGAUGAAGCUGUUACCUUGCUGCUUGGAGAGGGUCCAAAGAGCGCAGCACCGCCCAGGAGGUCAAGUAUGGCUUAUGGCAAGGUUGCGGGUAUUGCUGUGUAAGAUUCCCAGGAUGAGCGGUGCUCUUGGUUGGUAUGGCGGUUGGGCGGCUCUGUGAUGUGAUGUCUGAUGUGCUCCUAGUGAUUGCUUGUUUCUGUUGGUCUUUGAUAGUGGCAUUCCCAGGUUGCGCUGACUUGAUGUUUUUGCUGUAUCAUUGCCCGAGACCCCCUGCUGAAUAUGUUUGUGUUUGCAGUUUUUCGGCUACUUGUUUCAGUUAGUCAGUACAUACGUAGGAUACCAGUACGCAUAGCAUAAUCGAG